AGCGGCUCUCUGCUAGAAGGCAACAUACUGCCUCGCAGAAGCUGGCGGGCACCGUGCCCGCCACGGUCGGUCUCCCGGGCACUGGGCCACCGCCCCACCCCCUGCCCCCGGACAUGGAGCCAGAGCCAGCGGCUCAGAAGCAGCCCCGGCCGCGGAGGAGAAGCCGCAGGGCCUCAGUACUCUGCGAGGACCGAGCCGCAGGGCCUCCGGCUGACACACCCGGGCCGGCGGCGGACGGGAGAUGCUCCCUUCGGAGAGGCAGCUCCUUCACGUUUUUAACACCUGGCCCUCACUGGGACUUUACUUUGAAAAGAAAGCGAAGAGAGAAAGAUGAUGAUGUCGUAAGCCUUAGCAGCCUUGAUCUGAAGUACAGAAUAUUACUGCUUUGACAAGGUCCGUACAGCAAACCCCGCUGCUGGUGCCAGUGAAGAAAGUAAAGAGCACCUGGAGGUAGACGCAAGAGAGUGAUGAUUCUUAGCCAAAAUCAAUUAAAG